AUGGAGAACCAAGUAGAAGUUCAAGAGGGAAUGAAGGCCGAUAUCCGACAGCUGAAGGAACAAAUGAGACAGGUCCUAAAGACCCUGGAUGCCUUACAAAGUCCUGGAUGUUUAUGCACACAACGAUCACAACAAGGAGUUCCAGAAGCACAAACUUUCCCUUCCUAUGGUCUUCCCCCGAAUUAUACUCCACCCUCAGGAGUGGACUCGAGACAUCUUGACACUCAAAAGGCCGAAGGUAAUGCAGCUGAAGUAGAAGACGAGCCUGGGGCAACCACUUUUACAAUUCCUAGGCAGACGAUCCAACUAGAUUUUAAGGACGAUAAGAGCAGAUUAGAAGUCCCUGAGAAGAGGUUGAGAGCCAUAGAGGGUGAAGGAAGUUUUGAAUUUGGAGAUGCUAAAAAACUAUGUUUGGUUCCUGACGUGGUGAUACCUCCAAAGUUCAUGUUGCCAGAGUUUGAGAAAUAUCGGGGAAAUACUUGCCCGAGGGGCCACAUAAGCAUGUACUGCAGGAAAAUGGCAGCUUAUGCCCACGAUGAAAAACUUUUGAUUCACUUCUUCCAAGAAAGUUUAAUUGACGAAACUCUAACUUGGUACAUGCGCUUAGAUACUACUCACAUCUACUCAUGGAAGCAUCUGGUUGAGACAUUCCUAAGGCAGUAUGGAUAUGAUAAAGAUUUGACACCUGACAGAGCACAAUUGCAGAACAUGGUGAAGAAAGAAUCUGAAUCAUUCAGAGAAUAUGCCCAAAGGUGGAGAGAGAUAGAUGCUCAAGUAGAACCGAGUCUGAACGACAAGGAGAUGACUACCACGUUUUCGAGUACUCUACAACCACCAUUUUAUGAGCACAUGUUAAGCAUCUCAGUCUCCUCAAGUUUUACUGACAUAGUAGUAAUUGGAGAGAGGGUUGAGAGUGGCAUAAGAAAUGGAAAAUUUGCACUAGGCCCAGAGCUAGUAGCAAGUUUAAAUGAGUAUGAUCCUAGACGUGAGAAAGGCAAAGAACGAAGAGCUAAUUCACAUUUUAUUGCCUGUCCUCAAAUGUCGCAUUCCUAUGGGUCUAGUCGAGCAACUGAACGAAGAAAUUACAAUCGUGAUGAGAAGGGCGUCAACUUCACUCCUAUCCCCAUGACCUAUACAGAGCUACUACCAGAUCUUCUCCGCAGAAACCUCAUAAAGAUUUGUCCAACUAGGCCUAUAUGA